AUGGGCGGAAUAAUGAUGAGAGAUGAUGACUUAUUCAGAUCCGGCGAUUCUGUUAAUAAUAAUAAUAAUAAUAAUAUUGAGGCGGCGGAUGAAACCACAAUGAGAACGAAUCAAUCAUCAUCGCCAUCAUCGCCAUCAUCAUCGCCAUCAUCAUUGCCAUCACUGCCUCAGCCUCAAGCGCCAUCCGACACAAAAACAGCAAGGCGAUUGUCGCCGCAAAACUUUACAUUUUCCAAUUUUGACUUGUUCCAGCACUCUGUUUCAAAUCGACAGCAACAAUUGCUGCAGAAAUUGUCGACCAACAAUAACAACACUAAGAAGAAUAAGAGACGGCGGAACAAAAAACAUCAUUCACCCUGCUUGUGGGGCGCGUUCAUGGCCAUCCUCUUGUGCCAGUGCAUUCUGUUUCUAUUUCAGGCUUCCAUUUCAAAUUAUUACCAUUACCAUUACCAUUACCAUAAUGAUAAUGAUAAUGAUAAUGAUAAUGAUAAUAGUAUGGAAAUAAGUCAUUAUGGAGGCGUGGGUUUGACAUUGUUUCUGUCCAAGUCAUCAUUAUCAUUAUCAUCAUCAUCAUAUCAUAACAAGAUCGGAAAUAAGAACAACAUUGGAAUGGACACUACUAAUAUCGACCAAACAAGUGGGAGCACUAUUACCAUUAUUCAUCGUCCAAGAUUAUUGAUUGGUCUCUUUUCCGACUAUGGAAGUGAUGGAAGUGGUGCGCAUGGCGGUGGUGGGAGCAACCAACCAGGUAGUCGUAUUAGUAGUGGUGGCGGUGGCAGUACCAACAGCAAUAGCAAGACGUAUCGAAAUCGUCAUCGAAAGCUGUUUCAAUUGUGGAAUGACACGAGAUUAUGUCCCUACAAUGCCUUUCGACAACGACAGCGACAACGACAGCGACGACUCCUUGCUUCGAAACAGGAUCCGAACAACCACAAGUCAAAUUUGGACCUCAAUGACGAUGACGACUAUGACGACGAUGAAUGCCUGAUAUUGUAUACCUUUGUGAUUGGAGCCCAUCGUCGCAAUACUAAUAAUGAUGAUGAUAACAACAACAAGGAAGCCAGCAGCACCAGCAACAGCAACAGCAGCAAUUAUAAUAAUAAUAAUGGUGAUGAGAUUCCAACAUUACGAUUGGAAGGAACACGUGACGAACCCUUGGAGAUUGAACUGGGCACUGCUUCCUUGUCGUCCAAUGUGAAUCCUAACAUUACCGCACAAAUUUCCAAAAAUCUUCCUUUGGAUUUGAUACGGCAUCGAGAUUACACGUUGCUCAACAUUCGAGAGAACAUGAACGACGGCAAGUCUCCAUCCUUCUUUGCCUGGGCACACUCGGAAGCGACCAGUCCAAGAAAUACGAUAGAAGGACAUUCCAUGUUUUCCUAUGCGGCCAAGUGUGAUUUGGAUGCCAUGCUUCGACUUGACUUUGUCCUCCAAGUCUUGCACAGAGACUUGAUAUGGAUCCCGAAUCAUGUCACCAGCCCGAUGAAUAUUCCUGCCUCCACAGAACAACCAGCAAUCGUUUCAUCUAAGGAUCAAGCUCUGCCAAAUCAUGCAACAAUAACAACGCCUCUCAAGACGGAUCCUACUUCCGUGGGAGGCAUUGUCUUGGGAUGCUUGCGCCACAAGGCAAUGUGGGCAGAUACUACGAAGGAUGACUUUUGGAGGGCAAACUAUCAGAAUGGAAUGCAUUUGUAUUUGGGUGGUCAAUUCUACAUUGUGAGUGUCAAUUUGAUUCCGGGCCUAGUGCAGGAAGCUCAAGUACAGCAGCUCAAGCAUGGAAUGCAAUCUACCGGGGAUAAUUACAUGGCAGGUCAUGAAGAUCAUGACGUCCUCUCUAUGAUUCAAGCAGCUUCUAUCAAGAAUGGGCAACUAGUGCGGUGGAUCAGCAUGCCACGGAAUUAUCGAUUCUGGGAACAUCCGGUCAAGGGUGAAAUGUGGUGGAAACGAAUUUGGAAACGAGAGUCACGAAAAGCAGCAGAAGGAAAACUACCAUCCAGAAACAAAUAUUCCUUGCCGGUUGCUCCCAAAGGUCUGCCGUCUCUUCUCAUCGUACUAGGUGCAGCCGAUCCGAAGGAUCGGGUAUCAUAUCGAGACAAACUGAUUACCGAACAACACCGAGGAGGCAAAAGGAUUUGCUCGCUCAUGGACUAUCGAACAGCCGAUGCUUCUACUGUUAGGUGCGACUUGGUCUAUACCUUUGUCGUAGGGGGAAAUGAUAAAGGACCAAAUGAGAUUGUUCGCGGGGAGGACCGGAUUGAACUUGAUGAUUUUCACAAAGGCGAGAAGGAUCUAUUGAUGCUGAAUAUAAGAGACAACACGAACAGUGGCAUGGGACAGACAGUGCUAUUCCAUUUACAGAAUAUCCUUGAAAGCAAACUGGAGACUUCUUUUGACAUGGUCGUCUUCUGCAAUGCUCAGACUGUUCUAUCCGUGGAACAAUGGAACAGAGUCCAGUACCAACAAACAAGAUCCCAUCGCAACCUUAUUGUUGGUGACAUACGAGACAAGGAUCAGCUGCCAGUCGAGUUUGGUACCGAGCGGAGGAAUGAGACAUACUUUUUUCUGGAACAAGAGAAUAUUCAUGUGUAUCCUGGAAGCGACAAUGCUUGUUUUGCGGUGAGCACGAACCUUGUUGACAACAUGCUCCGUCACGCAAACGAAUCCUUUGGACUGUCGAAAGGUGUAAAAGUAAUCAGGGAGGACUCUAGCAGGAAGAGAAAAUUCAAGAUAUUCAAUCCACGAGCAUACUUUGUUCAGAACCUUGGAUACGAUCUAACGACACUCGCCUACAUGACCCCAUUCACAGUAUUGCAUUGGGUUCCAAUCUCAAAGGGUCAAGCACCAUGGUAUACAUUGUGA